GAACCUCCACGGACGCCAGCCGAGCCCCGACCGGGGUCCCCUGCUGCGCCCCAUGCGACGUCCGCGAUGACGCCUGUGGACGCCCGUCGCCGCCGCAGUCAAGGCCGGUUCGACGUUGAUAUCGCCUGGCCUGCUCGCCUGCUCCAGUGCUCCCACGCUUCCUCCCCCAGUCCCCCGACAUGGCCCAAAUGAGACUGCGCAUCGACGGGCGCACAUUCCGCGACCCCCAGAACCGUGAGGUCACGCUGCAUGGCAUCAACUGCGCCGCCGACGCGAAGUUCCCCGCAACCCCAGAUUUGCCCUCGCACGUCUCCGAGGGCUUCUUCGACGGCGACAACGUCUCGUUCGUCAACCGCCCCUUCUCGCUCGCCGAUGCCGCCACCCACUUCUCGCGCCUGCGCAGCUGGGGCUACAACACCAUCCGCUACGUCUUCACAUGGGAGGCCAUUGAGCAUGCCGGUCCGGGGAGGUACGACGAGGAGUGGAUCGACCACACGAUAUCCUUGCUGAGGAAGGCGAAAGAGUACGGCUUCUACAUCUUCAUGGACCCGCACCAGGAUGUGUGGUCGCGGUUCUCUGGAGGCUCGGGCGCGCCCAUGUGGACGCUGUACGCAUGUGGUCUUGACCCCCAGCACUUCGCCGUCACCGAGGCCUCGCUGGUGCAGAACACCUACCCGGAGCCCGCCCAGUUUCCCAAGAUGAUCUGGGCCACCAACUACACACGCCUUGCCUGCCAGGUCUUAUUCACAUUGUUCUUCGGCGGGCGAGACUUCGCGCCGAAAGCCAUCAUCGACGGCAAGAACAUCCAGGACUACCUCACAGACCACUACGUCGGGGCGAUUGCGCAUCUUGCCAAGCGCAUCCACGACGCAGGCGACCUCGAGUACGACCCCAUCGUCGGGUGGGAGAGUCUGAACGAGCCCAACAAAGGCCUGAUCAGCUACCAGGACAUCACUGUCGUCCCCAAGGAGCAGCAGCUCAAGAAGGGUACGACGCCCACCGCGUGGCAAGCCAUACUAACCGGAUCUGGUCGUGCUUGCGAGAUCGAGACUUGGGACUUUGGCGGCAUGGGGCCGUACAAGUCAGGGACAGCACUGAUAGACCCCGAGGGCAUAUCAGCCUGGCUGGCGGCCGACUACGACGACACACACUACGGCUGGAAGCGUGACCCCGGCUGGAAGCUCGGCGAGUGCCUCUGGGCGCAGCAUGGCGUCUGGGAUCCGACCAACGACACCGUCUUGAAGAAGGACUAUUUCGGGAUAGACCCUAAGAACAACGCCAAGAUUGACGCAGAGUACUUCACCAACCACUACUGGAUGGCCCACUACCGGGCGUAUAGCAAGAUGAUCAAAUCUAUCUUUCCUGACUCGUUAAUGUUCUUCCAGCCGCCGGUGCUCGAGAUACCACCGAGCAUCAAGGGGACUCCAGACGACGAUCCCAACAUCAUCUUCUCGCCGCAUUAUUACGACGGCAUCACAUUGAUCACCAAGAAGUGGAAUAGAGUGUGGAAUAUCGACGUCUUUGGCGUGUUGAGAGGGAAGUACUUGACACCUGCAUUUGCCAUCAAGAUUGGAGAGAAUGCGAUUAGGAAUUGUUUCGCCCACCAGUUGACGGCGAUCAAGGAUGAAGGCACGGAAUACAUGGGCGUCCACCCGUGCAUAUUCACCGAGAUUGGCAUUCCCUACGACAUGGACGACAAGUACGCUUACAAGACCGGUAAUUACAGCAGCCAGAUAGCAGCAUUGGAUGCCAACCAUUUCGCGCUGGAGGAGAGUGGGGUCAACGGGUUCGCGCUCUGGACCUAUGUUGCGAUACUAACAUCCCAGAACAACCACUACUGGGGCGACCAGUGGAACGGCGAAGACCUGUCCAUCUUCUCGCAAGACGACAAAGCCGUGCCCGCCGGCGCCUUCUCGCCCUCCGACUCCCGCGCCUCGCUCGACACCACCUCGCCCUCGUUCUCGCGCGCCCAAGCCUCGACCGACAACCUCAGCGUGACCCCCAGCACCCUCAAGCAAACCAUCACCGAAGAGCGCAUGGCCACGCACAAGCGCGACGACGGCGACGUCGCCGGCCUGCGCGCAGCAGAGGCCUUCAUCCGCCCCACCCCCGUCGCGGUGCACGGCGACAUCUCGUCCCACGGCUUCGACCUCAAGAGCUGCACGUUCCGGCUCGCGCUGCACGCGCCCAGCUCGACGCCCGAGGACGCGCCGACGAUCGUCUACCUGCCCGAGUUCCACUUCCCGACCGCGGCGGUCGAGGUCAGCGGCGGCACGUGGGAGAUUGGCUCAGACGAGGCGGAUGGCGCGCUGAAGCAGUCGCUACGCUGGCGGCAUGCUGAGGGCGAUCAGUGGAUUACGGUGAAGGGGGUUGUGAGGAAGCAGGGGGGUGCGCUGGGGACGGAGGAGGAUGAGGGGUAUUUGCAGCAGUGCCAGAAGCAGAGUUGUGUGGUGAUGUAGAUACAAUCAUGGAAUACAGAGCGCGAUAAUUCAAUGUUUGGUAUGGUCACGCCAUGGUUGUCCGAUUUCCCCACGUUAAUGCACUCCACAG